AUGUGGGGAAAAAUUGUAAGCAGCGUAUCCAAUGCACUGGAUUUCAAUCAAGCCACCCUUAGUGGAUGCAUAGAUAUCAUAUGCAUAGAAUCUGAAAUUGAAAAUAAACUAAAAGGAGAAAACAAAAUAAAUGUUACAUAUAAAUCUACUCCAUUCCAUGUAAGAUUUGGGAAAACAAAAUUAUUAAGAUCAAAAGAAAAAAUUGUCAGUAUCCUAGUUAAUGGCAAAAGCACAAAUCUACAUAUGAAAUUAGGAAGUGCAGGAGAAGCUUACUUUGUUGAAAAAACAUAUGAAGAUGUAGAAGAAGAAUUAGAAACGUCUCCUUUGUCAUCACCUCGUCAUGAAUAUGACGAUUUAUAUCUAGAUCAACACAUCGAUAGUUGCAGCAUUAAUGAUUCCCUAAACAAUUUUAAAAGUGAUGAUGAUUCUGAUCAGUCCUUUCUUCAAAAUAUUGCUUUCGAUAGACGAAAAUCAGUAGACAAAAAUUAUAAAAUGGACCAAGGAAAAGGGAGAAGACAAAGCAAUAAUGAAAUAAAAGGAAAAAAUGACAAGCGUCAUGAUCACCUAGAUCAGCAUCAUCAACAUGACCAGUAUGAUCUGCAUGACCAGCAUGACCAACAUGGCCAACACCACCAUCAUUCUACUUUUAAUAAAGAUAAUCAGAAAAAAAAAAAAAAAAAAAAAAGUCCCCAUAUGCACCAUCAUGCAAAUAAUUUAUUAGGUGAAAAUUAUGAGAAUUAUACUAAUAAAAGAAAAACAGCAUAUGAUGAUCAAAAUGCAAAUUCGGAAUGGUCUUGGUCAUGGGGAAGAUUACCCCAUUUAAAAAACCAGGAGUAUAUUUCAGAUAACUGUACAGCCAUUUCGUCUAAUAACAAAAAUGAAAAAAAAGGGAGGAAAUUAAAAAAAUUCUAUAAUAAAAGUGAAUCAGUACAUGAUCAUUCCUCAUCGAUGGAUGAUCAAAAAUGCGUACGUAAAAGAAAUUUUAGCGAAUCAAACGUAAGAAAAUGUAUUACUAAAGACAAAGAAGCAAAGCGAUUUUCACAUACGAGCCAAGGCAAGUAUUUAAAAGUAUAUCAAGAAAAUCAUUUAGAUCAUUUAAAAAAGGAAAUUCCUAACAAAGAAGGCAAUGUUCAUGACAUCAAGUUGAAUCCAAAGAAAAAUCACAAAGGCAGCUAUGCAGUUGGAACAACCACGAAAAUGAUCAACCCAACUCAUCAAAGUGAUAAUUACAUCACCAAUAGUGGAAACAAUGACAAUUUGGGAAAGGUCGAAAGGAAAAAAGGAACUGGUCGUCAUGAAUUUCAAAGUAGAGGGGAUAUAACGGAAAUCAAGAGACAAGGCGAAAGGGAAAGCCAAAGAGGAAGUCAACGGGGCAGUCAACGGGGCAGCCAACGGAGCAGUCAACGGGGCAGUCAAAGCGAAAGCCAUAGAGGAAGUGAUGCGAAUAAGUUGCGCAUGAAUAUGGACUUGAAAAUGAUAAAGGAGGAAAAAAAUAAAGCAGAAAAAAAACAGGAAAAUCAGGAUAAGUCAGAACAUAUAGAAGGUCGCCCAUUGGGAGAAGGAAUAAGCGAUAAGGGACCUCACAGGAAAAGCGAGAAGGGUCUUGAGAGGGAGAAGCAAAAAAUUAUAGAAAAAUUGAAACAGAAAGCCAGGGAGCAAGCAAAGGAAAAAAUUCCGGAAAGGGAAGCAGAACGGGAAGCGGAUCGUGAAGCGGAAAACAUAUUUGAAAAACUUUCAGAAUAUGAGACAGAAAAUUUGAGCAAAACAGUAUAUUCCAGAGAAAGAGGGAAUGGAAGAGGACAUUUCAAAUCACAACAUGAACAUUCCUCGGACGAAAAUCUAGGAAUGGAUUCAAACGAUGAGGAAAAUCAUAUGAACUACUCGAAGGAAGAACCGGACAACUGUUUUGACGAUGAUAUUCAAAAUAGAAUCGAGUGUAGUCUAUGUGGUCAUUUAUUACUUAACCAAAAUGUAGAUAAUGAACAUAACGAUUAUAACAUAGAAAUACAUAAUAAAAAUAUAUUUGAAGCAAAUAUAGUUACAUAUGACCAGAUAGAUAAAAACUCUAACUUGUGGUAUCACCCAUCUCUUGUUUUUCGAUUUGAUAAAAAAGAUCCUUACUACCCCUCAAGGGUUGCCUUACCACUGUUAGCAUCAUGGGUUGUAUUCAACCAACCUCUGUCCAUUUUGGCUGUCGAAAAGUUAUUAAACUCAUCCUUAACAUUAGUAGAAACCAAGGAUAAAGGAUGGAGAAAUUGGUUCGGUGUAUCCAGUGCCGAAUACAAUAACACAGUCAACACCAAAACUUCAAGCAAAGGGUGGGACAACAAAGGAUCCAAUCAAAUUGAAGACAAGAAAAAGGAAGGAAAAAAAACUACGAAUCUCACUACUACUGACGCUGCAACAGUUGCUACCACUAGCAGCGGCAACGACAGAAACAGUAACAAAAAUGAUAAGCGUAAUAGCAACAAAGAUGAUAAGAAUUACAGUAACAAAAAUGACAUGCAUAACAGUAACAAAACUGGCAAGCACAACAAUAGGAGUAGCAUAAACUCCAGUAGUGCUAACAACAAUGCAACAAAUGAAAUGCCAAAUUUGAAAGAGAAUGAAGUGAAAAGGAGUAUACAAAAUUCAGUACACAACCAAAGCGAAGUUAGCCGGAGAAGCACCAGAUAUGGGGAUGAAAGAAUAAAGAUACGGUAUCGAAAAUCAUUAAGACCAACUUCAGAACAGCUACAAUCACUUAAUCUAAAAGAAGGAGCAAAUACUAUUACCUUCCUAGUUACCUCAUCCCUCCAAGGUACCAAAAGUAUAAAUGGUACUAUAUACUUAUGGAAAAAAAAUGCGAAAAUUGUCAUUUCAGAUGUUGACGGAACUAUAACAAGAUCAAAUGUCCUUGGACACAUAAUGCCCAUAGUAGGAAAAGAUUGGUCUCACGAUGGUGUUUCCCAAUUAUUUAACAAAAUAAAUAAUAAUGGAUAUCAUAUUCUGUACUUAACUGCCAGAGCUAUUGGUCAGGCUGAUUCAACAAGGGAAUAUUUAUUUCGUUUUAAACGAAAUGACAAUAAUAAAUUACCAGAUGGACCAUUAAUUUUAAGUCCAGACAGACUCUUCCCGUCUUUCAAAAGAGAAGUUAUAGAUAAAAAACCAUAUAUUUUUAAAAUUGCUGCUUUGAGGGAUAUUCGUAACCUUUUCCCUCUAAACCAUAAUCCGUUUUAUGCGGCCUUUGGCAACACUGAAAGUGAUCAUCGAGCGUACAUAUCCGUUGGAGUCCCUGAAGCAAAAGUUUUCAUCAUAGACAACAGGGGCAUUGUUCACCAUGUCAAUUCGACUUAUGCGAAAACCUACGAAACAAUGAGCGAAAUAACCGAACACAUGUUCCCAUGUAUUAAAAAUGAUCAAAAGAGAGAAGAUGAUGACCAAUAUAAUUCCUUUCAGUACUGGAAGAUUAAUAGUCUGACCUACUACGAAAAGUACAUGAAUGUUAGCGACAGUAGUUGA